UGAAGGAGAAAGAGGUAGAAGGAGUUGGGAGGUACUUGAAGGAGGUGAGAAAGAGGGAGAUACAAGGUGAAGAGAAAACCUCAGGAGAGAGAACCAAGGAGUGGGAAAUGUGGAGGGCAAACAGCCCAGGGGGUAACCCGGGAGCAGCCACAGAGGGAACUGGAGGAGAACUGGGAGGACAGGGGAACUGGGGUCUGGAAGAUGCCCCUGGCCUGCUGGCCAGGGCUUCCCUGCCCAUCAUGCCUGCGUGGCCAUUGCCCUUGGCCUCCUCAGCACUCACCCUGCUCCUUGGAGCCCUGACUUCCCUUUUCCUCUGGUACUGUUACCGCCUGGGCUCCCAAGACAUGCAGGCUCUGGGAGCUGGGAGUCGGGCUGCCAGUGUCAGCAGAGGGCCUAGGGGAUGCUCUGAGGCCGGCAGGCUGAGCCCAGGGAGCUCUGGGGAGCCUGGAGAAGGGCCCAGGGCAGAAGGCCUAGUGUGCCGUCGCCUGCGGGCCUACGCCAGGCGCUACUCCUGGGCGGGCAUGGGUAGGGUGAGGCGGGCAGCUCAAGGUGGCCCAGGCCCUGGGGGAGGGCCAGGGGUCCUGGGCAUUCAGCGCCCAGGCCUGCUUUUUUUGCCAGACCUGCCCUCAGCCCCCUUCGUGCCCCGGGACGCCCAGCGGCAUGACGUGGAGCUCCUGGAGAGCAGCUUCCCUGCCAUUUUGCGGGACUUUGGGGCUGUGAGCUGGGACUUCUCAGGGACUACUCCUCUGCCUCGGGGCUGGUCCCCGCCCCUGGCCCCUGGGUGCUACCAGCUCCUGCUGUACCAAGCAGGCCGGUGCCAACCCAGCAACUGCCGCCGGUGCCCGGGGGCCUAUCGCGCACUGCGGGGGCUGCGGACCUUUAUGAGUGCCAACACCUUCGGCAACGCUGGCUUUUCUGUCCUCCUGCCUGGGGCGCGGCUUGAGGGUCGCUGUGGGCCCACCAACGCAAGGGUCAGAUGCCAUCUGGGCCUGAAGAUUCCUCCUGGCUGUGAGCUGGUGGUCGGGGGCGAGCCCCAGUGCUGGGCUGAGGGACACUGUCUACUGGUGGACGACUCCUUCCUGCACACAGUGGCUCAUAAUGGCUCCCCAGAAGAUGGGCCUCGAGUGGUCUUCAUCGUGGACCUCUGGCACCCCAACGUGGCCGGGGCCGAGCGCCAGGCCCUUGACUUUGUCUUCGCACCAGACCCUUGAAGGAAGGGGCUCCCUUCAGACACCCGGGCUGGAGAGGUGCUGUGCUGGCUCACGGAUGGCUUUGAGUGGUAGCCAGGACCGCCUCUAGGCUGCAGGGGGUGGGGGGGUGCUGAGGGUUUGAACUGGCCAGCCUGCACUGAAAUACAGAUUUGAUGGCCCUCCUAGCUCUUGACUACCUUCUUCCAACUACCCAGCCCAGUGAAAGGCUUGGGGCAGGGGCUCCUGUACUCUCCCAUCUGGCUAGCCAAGUACCUCGUCAACACAAGCCAUCUCCUUGGCCCUCUCCCCCGGAGCCAGCACCAGUCCCUCAACUCAGUUUUAUUCCAAUAAUUUAAUAGAAAAUUAAAAUAAAUAAUAUGAAAUAGAUUGAGAAGACGGCUGAGCUGGUGCAAGCCCAGGCCAGUCUAGUACAAAGUUAAAGGGGUGGGGGGACCGGUUGGGGAAGGAGGAGGGAGAGAGAAGCUACCCUGCACGAUGGUGGGAAGGUGGCUCAGAACAUGGUGGGUGUCAGUAAGGGCUGGCUGGACACUUUGGUGUGUACAGUGUGCUAAAAAAGAGAGACAGAGAAAGAGAAAAAG